UUAGUUCUAGCCCGAUUUGGCGAGUGGAGUGCUUAGAAUAAAGUCUCCGGUAACAAACGCACCGGCGACAUCGCACGACCACAAAGUUGGCACACCUCUAUAUAUAGCCUCGUGGACACGCAGGUGCAUUUAACACAACAACAAGCAAUAUCAAGAACCAUCUCAAGUCUUCCACCCAUUAUUCUAGCCCUGCAACAGUCUUAUGUGUGGCCGUUACCCUCCCGCCAAUAUGUCGACAGCAGCAGCCAACCGACAGUACUUUGAUGCCAUCACAGACACAUACGACUCCAAGCCCUUCUUCGCCAAAGUCAACCAAGAAGUGACUGACGACCUGCGCAACCGCCUGGACUGGAUUGGCAUACCCUUUGCAAACAUCGAAUCCAGCUCCGACACCCAAACCGUAAGGCAGCUGGACUACGCCUGCGGUACAGGCCUCAUGUCACGGGUCUUCGGCCCCUACGUCACAGAAACCCGCGGCAUCGAUGUAUCCCCCAAUAUGGUCGCAGCCUACAACGCCCGCGCGCGAGCCGCCGGGCUGUCUGACUCUAUCAUCAAUGCGGUCGUCGGCGACUUAUUUGACAGGGACAACCCAACACCUACCGGUGCGGAAUGGGAUGGGUUUGAUCUAGCGACAGCGAGCUUUGCGUUUCACCAUUUCGAGGAUGUGGUGCAUGCGGCGAAGUGUCUGAAGGAGAGGCUCAGGCCGGGCGGGGUGCUCAUGAUCAACGAUUUCUUGGAGGGAGGGGACUUGAAAGCUGAUGAGAACGGUGAGCCGAUUGAGGGGACGGAGGGGUCGUGGCAUCACCAUCACAGUCACCAUGGGCACGGGCAUGGACACGGACAUGGCCAUGGCCAUGGCCAUGGCCAUGCUAAUAAAGAGCACGGCCAUGAACACCACGAACCUAUGAAAGUCGAAGACGAGCCAGGCUGGGACCGCGCAAAGAUGUCCGCCUCGAUCGUCGUGCCUAGCUUCACCGUUGACGGCGUGAAGAAGUUUUUCACCGACGCAGGUCUGGUCGAUGUGGAUGUCGUGACGAUGGAAAAGAGAGUGUACAUGGAGUUCGGUGGGCAGAAGCUGUGGCGGACAAUUUUGUUUGCGAGGGGCAGGAGGGCACUGGAGGCAAAGUCCGAAUUGUGAAGGAAGCUGUGAUAAGAGAGCAUACUCUGAGCAUGAUUUCCUGGCAAUAGAAUGCCAGGUCUACGCAUUUCAUGGACUCUAAUUCUACCUGUUUGUCAUGUACUGCUUCAGAGUUGAGAUCUAUCGUUCGUUGUAUGCGGUUUGAAGUGUAACCAGAGCAGCUCGUAGUAUAGUGAUCAUGAGUUCUUUCUCAAUGCUACAAGCGCCUACU